CACACGGGGACGAAUAGAAAGGAGCUUCUUCUCUCUUUGCUGACUUUGUACCACUCAGAAGUUUGUUGGAGCUCCACUGGCAUGUUUCCAUUGAUGCGACCCUACGAGCAGCAAAGGCAUCUCCGGCUUUCACUCUUUCUAGCUGACAACCAAUAAGUAACUCUUGGUCUACACCAGGAUGGAGCAUGGAGACAGAGGGAUGGGUGUCUCCCAUCUUCGCUACGAGGAGGAGGAGGACCAUCAGUCCAUCUACAUCGGUGUCCCGGUGCCUCGAGGAUACAGACGCAAACGCAGAAGACGGCGCUCUAGUCGUGAUGUGCCUGACAUGGACAGGGAGCGACACUACAGCCAUCAAAGACACCACGAGCAAGACCAUUACAGAGACAUCGAGGAGGGACUCAUGGACUCAACUGAGCAGAGUCUACAAGACAUUCACCGCACAAUGUCUCCAGCGGCAGAGAGGCUUCGUUACAUUCUGAACGAAGAAGACGACGUGCCCACACCGACCCUCUUCACAGAGAUGGACACGUUACAGCGAGAAGGAGAUGAGCUGGAGUGGAAGGAGUCUGCCAGGUGGGUGAAGUUCGAAGAGAAGGUGGAAGAGGGAGGAGAAAGGUGGAGUAAACCACACGUGUCCACCCUGUCCCUGCAUAGUCUUUUUGAGCUCAGGACGUGUCUCCAGACAGGAACAGUGCUGCUGGACCUGGAAGGCUACUCACUGCCUCAAAUAGUUGAUGACAUCAUUGAGCGUCAGAUCGAGGAAGGCAUGAUAUCUCCUGAUCUGAGAGAGAAGAUCAGUUUUGUUCUUCUGAGGAAACAUCGACACCAGACAAAGAAGCCAAUCCACCGCUCACUCGCCGACAUGGGAAAGUCCAGCUCAGCUACCAACCGCAAUGUAGGGACCAGAGGAGGACCGGGUCCAGGGCCAGCUGCGGGACCACUGCCCAACUUUAACCGAUCCACAGAGGACCUCAGGAUGAAACAACAGCCUUCCAACUAUGGUCGCCUGCGUCACGCCCAGAGUAGAAGUAUGAAUGAUAUUGCAGAUACUCCCAGCACGGACCAGGUGAUUCCUUUUUUUUUUGUCUUUGACACGUCCAAACAUACACUAAAAAAUAAAUUCAUGAAGAAAAUUCCAAGAGAUGCAGAGGCCUCCAACGUCUUGGUGGGUGAAGUUGAUUUCCUCACCAAACCUUUUGUAGCUUUUGUUCGCCUGGCUCAAGCGACAACUCUUGGAGGUCUGACUGAAGUCCCUGUUCCCACCAGGUUCCUGUUUAUUCUCUUGGGACCCCAAGGAAAGGCCAAGUCCUAUAAUGAGAUCGGCCGAGCCAUAGCCACUUUGAUGGUGGAUGAUCUCUUCAGUGAUGUCGCCUACAAGGCCAGAGAUCGCGAGGACCUCAUUGCAGGCAUAGAUGAGUUCUUGGAUGAGGUGAUUGUGCUGCCACCUGGAGAAUGGGAUCCUAAAAUCAGGAUUGAGCCCCCCAAGAAAGUCCCCUCAGCUGACAAAAGAAAGUCUGUGUUUUCCUUAAAUGAACUGGGGCAGAUGAACGGGACAGGUGGAGGAGGAGGGGGCCUUGCCGAGGACGAGGAGAUGCCAGUACAACAUGAGCUCGGAGAGGAGCUGGCAUUCACUGGACGUUUCUGCGGUGGUCUGUACCUGGACAUAAAGAGGAAGCUGCCGUGGCUACCUAGUGAUCUGUACGAGGGUUUCCACAUUCAGUCAAUCUCUGCAGUGCUCUUCAUCUACUUGGGCUGCAUCACCAACGCCAUCACGUUCGGCGGUCUGCUGGGAGACGCUACAGACAACUACCAGGGUGUGAUGGAGAGCUUCCUUGGUACAGCUCUGGCUGGCUCUGUCUUCUGUCUCUUCAGUGGUCAGCCCCUCAUCAUCCUCAGCUCCACUGGACCAAUCCUCAUCUUUGAGAAGCUCCUGUUUGAAUUCAGCAAGAGUAAUGGAAUAGAUUACAUGGAGCUGCGUCUCUGGAUUGGCAUGCACUCCUGCCUCCAGUGUUUAAUCCUGGUGGCUACAGACGCAAGUUACAUCAUCAAGUACAUGACACGCUUCACUGAGGAGGGCUUCUCCAGCCUUAUCUCCUUCAUCUUCAUCUCUGACGCCAUCAAGAAGAUGGUCGGCUCCUUCAAAUAUUAUCCCAUCAACACAGACUUCAAGCCCGACUACAUCACCGCUUACAAGUGCGAGUGCCUGGCACCAGACCCGAGUGAGUUCACCCCUUGGCUCAGGGAAAUACUGCCAGAUUGUCCACAAGGAGGCAGUGUGACAGAGGGCUGGUAG